AUGUCCUGGCAGCAGAACCAGCAGCAGUGCCCGCCCCCGCCCCAGUGCCCGCAGAAGUGCCAGCCGCCGCCCAAGUGCCCCCCGAAAUGCCCUCCCAAGUGCCCUCCUAAGUGCCCAGCUCCGUGCCCAACUCUGUCCUCGUGCUGCGGUCCCAGCUCGGGGGGCGGCUGCGGUCCCAGCUCGGGAGGCGGCUGCUGCCUGUCUCACCACCAUCACCACCGGCCCCAUCUCUUCCACCGCCACCGGCACCAGAGCCCUGAAUGCUGCGAUGACAACUCCGAUUGCUGCUAA